AUGGGGUGGCCCGUGGUGGUUUUGGUGGAUGUUGGGGAUGUUGUAACCGGCGGCGGUGGUGGAUCACUUCGAUGUGGUGGGCGGUGUGGGUGCAUCUUAGGGCUAGGUUUUGUCAAGCCCUUCCUCCCUGUUCUGGGAAAGACGACCGGGAAAGCAUCAAACAAGAGUAGAAAGGCGGUUCUCAACGUUACUCCGUCGGAAAUAUUUCCCGCGGCGGAAUUAAUUGCCAACAACGUCGAUCUCCUAACGGAAAUCCUCCUACGGUUGCCGGCGAAAUCUGCAAUCCGAUUCAAGUGCGUGUCCAAGCAAUGGCUCUCUCUUGUCUCCGAAUCCCAAUUUUCCAUCAACCACUCCACCAGAAACCCUAGACCCUCCUCCACUUCAGGCUUGUAUUUCUACAUCGAAGAAACACUCAAUUCCGUCUCCCUUCACGGACGCUGCCGUAAUCCCCCCCCUCCUCUCUCCUUCCUCGAUGGUCUCGUAGAGCGAUCUACAAUUGAGGUCGCACACUCCUCCAACGGCUUGCUGUUGUGCUAUAUUAAUAGUAUAGAUGGUUAUCUUCAGCAAUACAUUGUUUGUAAUCCCACCACAAAGAAAUACACAUUACUUCCUAAACCUGAUGGACUGGUUAAUGAUUGGAGUGGUUGCUUAGUUUUUGAUCCUUCUAAAUCACUUCGCCAUUAUAAAGUAGUAUCGGUCGGUUACAGCCCGGGCCGCCCUUUUGGCCCUUAUCAAAUUAGCGUAUACACUUCACAGAGUUUAUGUUGGAGAAAGGUUUUCUCAGACCUAACAUCGUGGUGUCUUUUGGAAUGGAGCAAUCCAUUGGUUAACUGACAAUUUUCUCAAGAGAUUCGACUUCGAUGUCGAGGAGAUAAUAGAAAUGCCAAAUCCUCAGUCGCCCAAAAUUCUUUCUCGAUACAAACAUAUGUAUUUUGGAGAAUGUGGUGGCGGUUUGAUACUUAUCCAGUCUCGUCUCUACUGCCCUAAAGGAUUAAAAAUCCUUGAGCUGGAAAGGGAUUACAGCGGUUGGGUUGUCAAGUGUCGGGUCAAUCUUGAGCCCUUAAUAGCUGCAUUCCCUGAGAUGAAAAGCAGAAGAAAAUACUAUUGGUCCCAUGGAUUUAAAGUGUUGUUUGCUGUGAAGGGAGAGAAUGAAAGAGGUUUUGUACUCUUAUUAGCUAUUCGUGGUAGAAUUUUUUCCUAUAACCCGAAGUAAAAGUCAUGGGAUGUGCUUCGUCAUCUAGUUUCGCAUGAAUCAUAUGAAUUUGAUUCCAACAGUUAUGUCAUUCCCUUUAUUGAAACCUUUUUUCCAGUUUGAACAGAAUCCUUUGUGGUAGUACACGGAUGGAUGAUUUUUGUGUUAAUUAUCAAUGAUGGUAGUAGUAUUUCUUAGUGCUGAAAAGUUGACUAUUUUGUAGAAGUUGGUGGUUGGU